GGUCAUGAAGGACGGUACCGGAGCAGGAGGGCCGGCUCCUUCCCGCGGGGACGUGUACGCGGACUAUGUCAAGUGUUACCUGGAGGAGCGGGCAGAGGUCGGGCCGUGCCGCGACCCCCAGCUGCUGAACAGGGCGGCUCAGUAUCUACUGAGCGAGGCGGAGACCGGCGGGACUUUCACAAUGUUCCCCUUUUACCAGGCUGUGACUGAGCGCUGUGAGGCUCAGAGCGACUUCAGGAAACACCUGUCCGCCUUCAUCAGAGCCUCAGAAGUGCUGGAAACUCUGUGCGUCAACCUGUUCCUGCAGCCAUGGAAGAAGGAAAUCAGGACACUAAAGACAUUUACGGCUCCAUUUGUUUACUGUCUUGAGCCAGUUUUCAGCAAUUCCACCAUACAGUCUGUCCUGGCCUCCAUUGGUUAUGUGCCUCAUACAGACCCCAAACAAUGUGAGUACAGGCUCAGUGAGGAUGUUAAUGCAGACAAAGCCAUGCUCGUUGGUUUUGAGCUGCUCUUGGCCAGAGUGGAAUGUAACCACUUCCUGGAACUUCAGGAGGAUCAACUGAGACCACAGGAGUGGCUCGAUGUUCUUCAGAGACGAGAGCGAGCUGUGAAACUGACUGAAUGCACGCAAAACAGGACGGCAACGGAACAAACGGAGGACGAGGAGGAAAAGAAGACGGAGGAGGAUAAAAAAGAGGUAGCUGCUGCUUCCUGAAACCUGCAGCUUUUCCCAGAGCCGGACAAAGUGCUUUACAGAGACCGACUGAAGACACACGAUACUGUGUGCAUUCAUUAAAACAAGUCCCAACAGUUUAAAAUGAGCACCCACACGAUAUUUGAUAUAAGAGUGACUG